CCUCCACCUCGCAACCCAAAUCCUCACUAGAUUAUUAUCUGGUACAAGUAGAUUACCCCUAGAUUAGUCAAACAUGGCUGCUAGAGACAGAGGUUCAAAGUAAAAAAGAAAUAGGUUAUCCUGCGAUUACGAUCCCCAAAACUUUAUUUCCAUUUGACAUCACGGCGAGCUAAAAUCUUCAUCCACCGGCCAGGCCAUGCCAAAAAACAAAUCAAAUCUGCGUGCUCUCGAGAGCGAAAGGUUGCCGCUUGCUCUCCAACACACCUCUGACCGCCAAUUCGUCGAACACCCUGUCUGCCAAAGCCAUGGCCCCUUCGCCGUCCACCGCGGCUCGGCAGGUGGAAGACGCGGUCAUGGCGAGGCUCCGUGCUUGCGCCACCUUCCGCGACCUCCUCCGCGUCCACGCCCACGUGGUGCGGCUGCCCCUCUCGCAGAGUAGCUACAUCGCCACCCAGAUCGUCCAGCUCUGCAACGCCCACGGCCGCACCGCGCACGCCGCGCGGGUGUUCGCCCAGGUGCGCGAACCCAACCUACACCUGCACAACGCCAUGAUCAAGGCCUACGCCCAGAACCACCUGCACAGCGAGGCGGUCACCGUCUACAUUCGCAUGCUGAGGUGCCGCCCAUAUCCAUCGGUUGGUUGUGCCGGCGGCGACCGGUUCACGUUCCCGUUCCUGCUCAAGGCUUGCGGCGGCCUGGUGGCGCUCGAACUGGGCAAGCAGGUGCACGCGCACGUGGUGAGGUCCGGGUGCGAUUCCAAUGCCGUCGUGCAGAACUCCAUGAUCGAGAUGUACACGCGCGCGGGCGGCCUGUCGCUCGCGCGCAAGGUGUUCGACGGAAUGCAGGAGAGGGAUGUGGUCACUUGGAACACGGUUAUAUCGGCGCAUGCGAGGCUGGGCCAGAUGAGGAAAGCGAGGGCACUAUUCAACUCCAUGCCUGAGAAGACCAUCGUCUCCUGGACUGCGCUGGUGUCCGGGUACACGGCAGCGGGGGACUUCUCGGGCGCCGUCGAGGCGUUCCGGUCGAUGCAAAUGGAGGGCUUCGAACCGGACGACGUGAGCAUCGUCGCGGUGUUGCCGGCGUGUGCCCAACUUGGGGCCCUGGAGCUAGGAAGGUGGAUAUACGCCUACUGCAACAGGCACCGAAUGCUGCGCAAGACAUACGUAUGCAAUGCACUGAUGGAGAUGUACGCCAAGUGCGGGUGCAUCGACCAAGCACUCCAGCUGUUCGACGGUAUGGAGGAGAAGGACGUCAUCUCGUGGAGCACGAUGAUCGGCGGCCUGGCGGCGCAUGGGAGAGCAAGGGAGGCGGUCCAGUUGUUCGUGGAUAUGGAGAGACAGGGGAAGGUGAGGCCCAACGGCAUCACAUUUGUGGGGCUCCUGUCAGCCUGCUCCCAUGCCGGGCUCCUGGACGAAGGGCUGGAGUACUUCGACCGCAUGAAGGACGCCUACGGCAUCGAACCUGGCGUCGAGCAUUAUGGCUGCGUCGUCGACCUCCUUGGCCGGUCAGGGAAAAUUCGUCGUGCGCUUGACCUCAUACUUGACAUGCCAGUACCUGCCGACGCGAAGAUAUGGGGCUCAAUGCUGAGCGCAUGCCGAAGCCACGGCGACGUGGACACGGCCGUGGUUGCAGCCGAGCGGCUCGUCGCGCUGGAACCAGACGACGUCGGCAACCUGGUCAUGCUGGCCAAUGUGUACGCCGCGGCAGGGCGGUGGAGCGAGGUUGCGAGCACGAGAAAGGCGAUAAGGAGCAGGAGCAUGAAGAAGAUCCCGGGGUGCAGCCUGAUCGAGGUGGACAACGUGGUGCAGGAGUUCGUCGCCGGAGAGGACCUGAAACCUGAAUUUGGGGGCCUUGUUGGUGUUCUGGACAUCCUGGCCUCGCAACUUGCAGAGGAGGGUGUAGAUUUCAUCGAUCCAGGUUGUCCUGUUGAUGUAAAUAUGUCUGCAAUUGAUCAGUGCUGACCAUUGCACUUGCACAUGCAUUGUUGUUAUUAGCGAAACAGCAAUGCUACAUCGACAGACACUUAAGGGCCUCUUUGAUUCAUAGGAUUCUUAAAAUGCAGGAAUAGGAAAAAUGUAGGAAUAGAGUGGCAUGUCCUUUUCUACACUACAGGAUUUGGAAGUGUGUUUGAUAGCACAGGAAAAACAAAGGAAUUCUAUAAAGAGGUUUGAGUGGAUGGAAA